CUUGGGAGGGAAAGGAUGUCAGCACAAAAUUGGGGUGCUGGGGGCAUCCGGCAGAGCAGGUGGGGGUCCGCUCCUGCUUGUAGGAGCGGGCACGGGAACGGGCUGCGGAGCUGGACGUGCUGCUCCAACGCGGGCGCCCUGCUCCGGGAGCCGCAGCGUCUAAGCGGGCUGAGUGGGGUUCCGGUCCGUGUGCCCCCGGCGCCCCACGCAGGCCCGAGGCUAAGCCGCACUCCCCCUGUCCUUUCAGCUCAGCCGGCAGAUCUCCUGAAGGUUCUAGAUUUUCACAACUUGCCUGACGGAAUAACGAAGACGACAGGUUUUUGCACAUCGCGCCGAUCUUCCAAAGGCCCAGAUGUGGCUUACCGAGUCACGAAAGAUGCCCAGCUCAGCGCGCCCACCAAGCAGCUGUACCCCGCGUCCGCAUUUCCCGAGGACUUCUCCAUUCUCAGCACUGUGAAAGCCAAGAAGGGCAGCCAGGCCUUCCUGGUCUCCAUCUACAACGAGCAGGGCAUCCAGCAGGUCGGCCUGGAGAUGGGCCGCUCUCCGGUCUUCCUGUACGAGGACCACACGGGGAAGCCGGGGCCGGAAGACUACCCUCUGUUUAGGGGCAUCAACCUGUCGGACGGCAAGUGGCACAGAAUUGCACUCAGCAUUCACAAGAAGAAUGUCACCCUGGUCCUGGACUGUAAAAAGAAGGCCACUAAAUUCCUCGGCCGCAGCGACCACCCCAUUAUCGACGUCAAUGGCAUCAUCGUGUUUGGCACCCGGAUCCUGGAUGAAGAAGUGUUUGAGGGUGACAUCCAGCAGCUACUCUUCGUCUCAGACCACCGGGCAGCUUACGAUUACUGCGAGCACUACAGCCCUGACUGUGACACCGCCGUCCCCGACACCCCCCAGUCGCAGGACCCCAACCCAGAUGAAUACUACCCGGACGGAGAAGGGGAAGGCGAGACCUACUACUACGAGUACCCCUACUACGAGGACACCGACCACCCGAGCAAGGAGCCCGCGCCUACCAAGGAGCCUGUGGAGGCUGCUAGGGAGACCACAGAGGUUGCCGAGGAGGUGACCCUGCCCCCCACGGUAGCCCCUCCAGUGCCCGACAGCAGCGCGGGGGCCGGGAAGGAGGACCCCGGCAUAGGGGACUACGACUAUGUGCCCAGUGAGGACUACUACACGCCGCCCCCGUAUGAGGACCUCGGCUACGUGGAGGGCCUCGAGGACCCUGACCAGCUCCCCGACCACGGCCCCGGGGCCGGAGUUCCCACCAGCACAACCGACACCUCCAACGCCUCCAACCCAGCUCCAGCCCCAGGGGAAGGAACAGCCGACCUGGACGGGGAGUUCACGGAAGAAACCAUCAAGAACCUGGACGAGAACUACUACGACCCUUACUAUGACCCCACGGUCUCGCCGUCCGAGAUCGGGCCGGGCAUGCCGGCGAACCAGGACACCGUCUUUGAAGGGAUCGAAGGACCACGAGGCGAGAAGGGGCAGAAGGGCGAGCCCGCCAUCGUGGAACCAGGCAUGCUCUUGGAGGGACCACCAGGCCCUGAAGGCCCCGCAGGUCUCCCAGGACCUCCAGGAACGAUGGGUCCCACGGGCCAAGUGGGUGACCCCGGAGAAAGGGGUCCCCCUGGACGCCCAGGUCUUCCCGGGGCCGAUGGGCUGCCCGGCCCCCCUGGAACCAUGCUCAUGCUGCCUUUCCGGUUUGGAGGGGGUGGCGAUGCUGGCUCUAAAGGCCCCAUGGUCUCGGCCCAGGAGUCCCAAGCUCAAGCCAUUCUGCAGCGGGCCCGGCUGGCGUUGAGGGGGCCAGCCGGCCCGAUGGGUCUUACUGGGAGACCUGGCCCCAUGGGCCCUCCUGGGAGCGGAGGUCUGAAGGGCGAGCCAGGAGACAUGGGCCCACAGGGCCCCCGAGGUGUGCAGGGCCCGCCCGGCCCCACAGGAAAGCCUGGAAGAAGGGGCCGUGCUGGCAGCGACGGAGCGAGAGGCAUGCCUGGACAGACCGGCCCCAAGGGCGACCGUGGCUUCGAUGGCCUGGCUGGACUUCCGGGAGAGAAGGGCCACAGGGGUGACCCUGGUCCUUCCGGCCCACCGGGACCUCCGGGAGAUGACGGAGAAAGGGGUGACGAUGGAGAAGUUGGGCCCAGAGGGCUGCCCGGGGAACCAGGGCCGCGUGGUCUGCUGGGGCCAAAGGGUCCCCCGGGCCCUCCUGGACCUCCUGGAGUGACGGGUAUGGACGGCCAAACAGGCCCGAAAGGAAACGUGGGUCCCCAGGGAGAGCCUGGCCCCCCAGGACAGCAGGGGAACCCAGGCGCCCAGGGUCUUCCCGGUCCCCAGGGUGCCAUCGGCCCUCCAGGAGAAAAGGGUCCCCUGGGUAAACCGGGCCUCCCAGGAACGCCCGGUGCUGACGGACCCCCGGGGCACCCUGGCAAAGAAGGCCCUCCGGGAGAGAAGGGAGGCCAGGGCCCACCUGGCCCGCAGGGCCCGAUCGGCUACCCGGGACCGCGAGGAGUCAAGGGGGCAGAUGGCAUCCGUGGUCUGAAGGGCACCAAGGGUGAGAAGGGGGAAGACGGCUUUCCGGGGUUCAAAGGAGACAUGGGCAUCAAGGGCGACCGGGGGGAGAUCGGCCCACCUGGUCCCAGAGGAGAAGAUGGCCCCGAAGGCCCUAAGGGUCGUGGAGGGCCGAAUGGCGACCCCGGUCCCCUGGGGCCCUCUGGGGAGAAGGGAAAACUCGGAGUCCCAGGGUUACCAGGCUACCCAGGAAGACAAGGGCCAAAGGGCUCCGUUGGGUUUCCUGGAUUUCCCGGCGCCAGCGGCGAGAAGGGAGGCAGGGGCACACCUGGGAAGCCAGGACCUCGGGGACAGCGAGGCCCCACGGGUCCGCGGGGUGAGAGAGGCCCUCGGGGCAUCACUGGGAAGCCCGGCCCCAAGGGCAACUCCGGAGGUGACGGCCCAGCUGGCCCACCAGGCGAACGGGGACCCAAUGGACCCCAAGGACCUACGGGGUUUCCUGGACCAAAGGGCCCCCCUGGUCCUCCGGGCAAGGACGGGCUGCCAGGACACCCUGGACAGAGAGGCGAGACCGGUUUCCAAGGCAAGACUGGCCCCCCAGGUCCCCCGGGCGUGGUCGGCCCUCAGGGCCCCACAGGAGAAACUGGUCCGAUGGGCGAGCGAGGCCACCCGGGGCCCCCGGGCCCCCCAGGUGAACAGGGGCUCCCGGGCCUUGCCGGGAAGGAGGGCACGAAGGGCGACCCGGGCCCCACCGGCCUCCCCGGGAAGGAUGGCCCUCCGGGACUGCGUGGCUUUCCUGGGGACCGAGGGCUCCCCGGUCCAGUGGGAGCACUCGGACUGAAAGGCAGCGAGGGCCCCCCCGGCCCGCCGGGCCCCGCGGGGUCUCCGGGGGAGAGAGGCCCGGCCGGUGCCGCUGGGCCCAUCGGAAUUCCAGGGAGGCCUGGGCCCCAGGGACCUCCAGGGCCAGCUGGGGAGAAAGGAGCUCCUGGCGAGAAAGGACCCCAAGGACCAGCUGGCCGAGACGGUCUCCAGGGCCCUGUGGGGCUCCCCGGUCCGGCUGGCCCUGUGGGCCCCCCCGGAGAAGACGGAGAUAAGGGAGAAGUCGGGGAGCCAGGACAGAAGGGGAGCAAGGGGGACAAAGGCGAGCAGGGCCCACCUGGGCCUACCGGUCCUCAAGGCCCCAUCGGACAGCCAGGCCCCUCGGGGGCUGACGGCGAGCCAGGGCCUCGAGGCCAGCAGGGCCUUUUUGGGCAGAAAGGUGAUGAAGGUCCAAGAGGCUUUCCUGGGCCCCCCGGACCUGUGGGGCUGCAGGGCCCACCUGGGCCUACCGGUCCUCAAGGCCCCAUCGGACAGCCAGGCCCCUCGGGGGCUGACGGCGAGCCAGGGCCUCGAGGCCAGCAGGGCCUUUUUGGGCAGAAAGGUGAUGAAGGUCCAAGAGGCUUUCCUGGGCCCCCCGGACCUGUGGGGCUGCAGGGUGAGCCUGGUGAAGCCGGGGAGCCUGGCCUGCCUGGAGAAGGGGGCCCCCCGGGACCCAAAGGAGAACGGGGAGAGAAGGGCGAGGCUGGGCCUUCCGGUGCCGCUGGGCCCCCUGGACCCAAAGGGCCCCCCGGAGACGACGGCCCCAAAGGCAGCCCCGGUCCCGUCGGCUUCCCCGGAGACCCCGGUCCCCCCGGAGAGCCCGGCCCCGCGGGUCAAGAUGGUCCCCCUGGAGACAAAGGAGACGAUGGCGAGGCUGGGCAGACGGGAUCCCCAGGCCCCACUGGCGAACCAGGUCCGUCCGGGCCUCCAGGAAAAAGGGGUCCCCCGGGGCCUGCAGGCCCUGAAGGCAGACAGGGAGAGAAGGGAGCCAAGGGGGAAGCUGGCUUGGAAGGCCCUCCUGGGAAGACUGGCCCCAUCGGCCCCCAGGGCGCCCCUGGGAAGCCCGGGCCAGAUGGCCUGCGAGGGAUCCCGGGCCCCGUGGGUGAACAAGGUCUCCCGGGAUCCCCAGGCCCCGACGGACCCCCCGGCCCCAUGGGCCCCCCAGGACUCCCCGGCCUCAAAGGAGAUUCUGGCCCCAAAGGGGAGAAGGGUCACCCAGGCCUGAUCGGACUCAUUGGCCCUCCGGGUGAGCAGGGUGAAAAGGGUGACCGCGGUCUCCCCGGCCCACAGGGUUCCUCGGGCCCCAAAGGAGAACAGGGUAUCACUGGUCCUUCAGGCCCGAUCGGCCCCCCAGGCCCUCCUGGCUUGCCGGGCCCUCCUGGUCCAAAAGGCACUAAAGGCUCCUCGGGUCCAACUGGCCCGAAGGGUGAGGCAGGCCACCCCGGACCCCCUGGCCCACCGGGCCCCCCAGGCGAGGUCAUCCAGCCCCUGCCGAUCCAGGCGUCCAGGACACGGCGCAGCAUCGACGCCAGCCAGCUGCUGGACGACGGGGACGGCGAGAACUACGUGGACUACGCGGACGGCAUGGAGGAGAUCUUCGGCUCGCUCAACUCGCUCAAGCUGGAGAUCGAGCAGAUGAAGCGGCCCCUGGGCACGCAGGAGAACCCAGCCCGGACCUGCAAGGACCUGCAGCUCUGCCACCCCGACUUCCCGGACGGUGAAUACUGGGUGGACCCGAACCAAGGCUGCUCCAGGGACUCCUUCAAAGUUUACUGCAACUUCACAGCUGGAGGGGCCACAUGCGUCUUCCCCGACAAGAAGUCCGAGGGGGCCAGAAUCACCUCUUGGCCCAAAGAAAACCCGGGCUCCUGGUUCAGUGAAUUCAAGCGCGGUAAACUGCUCUCCUACGUGGACGCCGAGGGCAGCCCAGUGGGUGUGGUGCAGAUGACCUUCCUGCGCCUGCUGAGCGCCUCCGCCCGCCAGAACGUCACCUACAACUGCUACCAGUCUGUCGCCUGGCAGGACGCCACCACGGGCAGCUACGACAAGGCCAUGCGCUUCCUGGGCUCCAACGACGAGGAGAUGUCCCAUGACAACUGUCCCUACAUCCGCGCCCUGGUGGACGGCUGCGCGGUGAGAAAGGGCUAUCAGAAGACGGUGCUGGAGAUCGACACGCCGAAGGUGGAGCAGGUGCCCGUGGUGGACAUCAUGUUCAGUGACUUCGGGGACGCGGCGCAGAAGUUCGGAUUCGAAGUGGGGCCGGCUUGCUUCCUGGGCUAGGAGCCCGCGCCGGCCCCAGGCCAACCUCGUGACCUCAGCGCGCCGCCUGUGGGUGUCCUGGACAGUGGAGGCCCCUCGUCCCCCCGACCUCGUCUGCGCCCCGGCGCA